AACGUCACGAACUUCAGAUCUUUCUUUCCGGUGAGGCUCUUCAGGUGGACGCAUCGUAGUUUUUAUUAGUUGGACUAAAGUUUUCUCCAUCUUCCAACAAAAAUGAAAAUCUGGAAGGAUGUAUUCACUGGGGACGAAAUGUUCUCCGACACGUACAAGGUGAAGUUGGUGGACGAUGUCAUGUACGAGGUGUACGGAAAGCACGUCUCCCGCACCAUGGGCGAUGUGCAGCUGGAUGGAGCCAACCCGUCCGCUGAGGAGGCCGAUGAAGGAACCGAAUCGGCCACCGAAACUGGUGUGGAUAUCGUCUUGAACCAUCGUCUGGUUGAAACCGGAUUUUCGGAUAAGAAGCAGUUCACCACCUACCUGAAGGACUACAUGAAGAAGCUUGUCUCUCGGCUUGAGGAGAAAUCCCCCGGCGAGGUGGAAGUCUUCAAAACGAAUAUCAAUAAAGUGAUGAAGGAUCUGCUAGGUCGGUUCAAGGACCUGCAGUUCUUCACCGGUGAAUCGAUGGACUGCGAAGGUCUGAUCGCCAUGCUGGAGUACCGUGAUAUCGAUGGCGAUUCCGUGCCUAUUCUGCUCUGCUUCAAGCACGGUUUGGAGGAAGAAAAGUUCUAAGUGCGCGUAGAAGAGCGUGUGUGUACGUUUUGUUCAGGCAGAUCAGCAUCGUUUAUAUAUUUUCUGUUCAAUUUGAUUUAAGCUUUCAUUGACACCCCGCGAGAUACACAGCAUCCUGUAGAAGAAGACUUAUGACUAAACGGUAGCGUUAUUUAUACUGAGCGCAGCGUGCGGGAUUUUUUCGUGGCGUAUUGUAAGGUUAGAACAAUGGAGAUAGUGAUGCAAGAGAGACAGGUUGAGACUUUUAAAAUUACCGUCAGCAUUUAAUUACGGCCCCACACAGGGAAAAAGUACUAUUUUUGCGAUAUUUCCAACAAACAAAAUACGGACGAAAGAUCGGUGCAAAUCGCUAUCUACAAUCAUUUACAAUUGUGUGUGUAACUUACCAAUACUCACGUAAAGUUUGCAGUUACGUUAUCAACUUUUCGGUAGCACGGUACCAACAGCAGAGGGAGCAACACGCGCAUAGAGAACAUCAGCAGGCAGUUGCGUGUGUGGUAAAAGGAUAACCAGCAUUAUUGGCAUCAGACUGUUUUUGGAAGGUGGAGAAAAACCAACACGAUAAUCUUCUGUCCUUGCAAGAUUUUACAGCUUUCUGGAAACAUCAAAAAUCAUGCAUGAAAACUAAACAUCCAAUAAAGAAGAAAAGAUCAAUCGUAACAA